CCUCGCAGACCGAGUCCUGAAUAUGUGGGAGGAGCGCACCGCCCACAAAAAGCCACAGCUAUCUGUCUCCAGCUGCAAUUCUAAAAUUCAACUAUAAAAAAUAGGCAUAAAAUAGUGGUAUUAAUGAGGGGUGCUUUUGCAUGAAGAUCGUUGGAAAGACUUGUUGUACCUAGAGGCAGAAACAGCAGCGGCAGAAAGAGAGAAGAGAGAGCGAGGGGUGUUGGUCUGAUGGGUAAAUGGAAGUGGGUGGGCCUACCGCGGACACACUACUAACUUGAAUUAGAAUACAUUUUUGCAGUCGAUUUUUCCGUUAAUUUAAUUAACGCGCGUCGGUCGUUAAAGGGUGUUUUAGGUUGGUUCUGAGAGGCUUCGGGCGCGGAAACCGGAUUGUUUCCCGUUAUAACGGGAGGUUUGAUUGUUGCUCGAGUUUUGUACCGCCCUUCCUGCCGAGUGGGUGGUUUAGGUGCUAACCGGAGCGACGACACAGCCCAGCUCGAACUAUUCGCGGAGAAAAAAGGCCGUCCUUACCCGGUGCUUCAGCCGGCCUUUCUCCCCUAGCCUCUCCUCUCUGGUUUAUGAAUGCGUUAUGAGUGAUCAGAAGAAGGAAGUGUCGGGAUCAGAAGGAGGGAAACCAGGCAAGAAAGGCAAACGUUCUGGAUCACAGGAUUCCCAGCCAUCUCCCCUAGCACUACUAGCUGCGACCUGCAGUAAGAUAGGAGGUCAGGGAGGAGUGGAAGGACAGGUCCAGUUGCAAGCUGGUCAAAUACAGUUGCAGGGUGGGCAGAUCCAGGGUCAUAUAGUUGUAGACGCAGCAGGUAAUCAGACUCUGGUUCAGCAGCAGUUAGAACUGGUUCCUGCCCAGUUCACUGGUAAUGGCUGGCAGAUUAUCACUACCGCUCCCCAAAUGGCCAAUGACACUGCCAAUCAACCCGUCGCCGUAACGCUGGCCACCACUUCAGCCAAUGACAGUGCUCCGGCAGGCCGUAAGGUGAAGGCGGUGGGCGGGACUAAAACCAUAGCUGCCAAUCAGCAGCAGCAGCAGCAGCAGUUCCAAAUCAUCCAGGUGCAAAAUAUGCCUUCGUCAGGGGGUGGGGUCCAGUACCAGGUGAUCCCCCACCUGCAAACGGCAGACGGCCAACAGAUCCACAUCAGCCCCCAGACCGCAUCCCUGGGGGGGCAGCACAUCCAGAUCAGUCCGGCCCAGGGCGGUCUACCAGAGCAGGUCCAGCUGAUCCAGACCCAGAACCAAUCCCAGACCCAGGCCAUCCUACAGCCGGCCAACCAGCAGGCCAUCCUCACUGGCUCAGCCAAUCAGACGUUGCAGCUUCGUCCAGCCCAGUCCUUCCCGCUACAGAUGCAGACCUUACAGGGCUCCCAGACCCAGGUAAUGACUACAGUACCCAUAAACAUUGGCGGUAUGACCCUCGCCCUGCCGGUCAUGAAUAAUUUAGCGGGGAGCGGAGCCGUGCAGCUUAUCCAAGCAGCCGACGGCAGCUUUACCGUAGCUAACAGCAACCAGCUGGUGACAACAACGGCGGCGGCGGUGUCCGGGGCAGCUACUGUUACCGGGUCAUCUGGCGGUACCAUAACAACUAUUGCCGGGGGCGAUGGAGCAUUGUCGGACGGAACACAGCUGAGUUCUGUAGCCGGGUCGGACGGAGGGGCGGAGAGAGACUCACAGAACCAACCCAGCGAGCAGGACUCACAGAACUCACAGAUGAGCCAGUCCAACGGACUGCAGGGCCAAUCAGAUCCUCCAGGGACCAUCCAGCAGGUCAUCGUGGGACAGAUGGGCAACCAGGUGUUGCAGCAGAUCCAGAUCCAGCCACAGAACCAGAUCCAAGGCCAGCCGCAUCAGAUCCAAACCUUUCAGUUAGGACCAGGCGGGACCCUACAGCCCAUACAAGCCUUCCAGAACCAACAGGUUCUGAUCCGGACCCCAACCCUCUCCUCGUCGGGCCAGAUCACAUGGCAGACCCUGCAGCUCCCCGGGGGGAUGUCUGUGCCCCAGCAGCUGACCCUGGCCACUGUGGGCGGAGGGGCUGUGGGAGGAGGGGGCUUCGUGCAGCUGGGGGGGGCUCCCCUGACGCUGAGCGCGGCCCAGAUCAACCCUGGGUCAGGGGUGCAGACGGUCAACAUCGCUGGACUGGGCACCGCUGGGGUACAGAUGCAGGGGGUACCCCUCACCAUCACUGGACUACAGGGUCAGCCGCAGGGUCAGGAGGGCGGGGUUAAGGUCCAGUCCUCCCCAGUAAAGGUAACCAUGGGUAACGUGGCUGGGUCGUCACUAAGUCCAGACCAGAUGGGUUCUGUCCAGAGUUCAUCAGACCAGGAAGGACCGCCCAGCAAGAGGCUCCGCAGGGUGGCAUGCUCCUGUCCUAACUGUAGGGACGGAGAGGGGAGGACCAGUGGAGACCCAUCUAAGAAGAAGCAGCAUGUGUGUCACAUGGAGGGCUGUGGGAAGGUCUACGGUAAGACCAGUCACCUGAGAGCUCACCUCCGCUGGCACACAGGAGAACGACCCUUUGUCUGUAACUGGAUCUUCUGUGGCAAGAGGUUCACACGCUCGGACGAACUGCAGAGACACAGACGGACACACACAGGUGAGAAGAGGUUUGAGUGUCCAGAGUGUAGUAAGCGUUUCAUGCGAAGCGACCAUCUCUCCAAACACAUCAAAACCCACCAGAACAAGAAGGGAGGGGCUUCUCUCGCCAUCAUCACCACUGACGACAUGGAAGAUUCCAACCAGGGCUUAGGCUCGUCCCCUCGCAUCGUAACUGUGGAGACGCUCUCCCAGGACUCCGCCCCCACCACUCCAACAACCUCCUCGCCCAAUCAAAUGGAGGGAGAAGAGGAAGAGGAGGAAGAGGAGGAGUUUGAGUAGUGACCAGUGACCACUUCCUGUUUAGGGAGAAAGCAGGGAGAGCUGACUUCCUGGUUGGUCUCCAUGGUUACGCUGUGGCUGUGGAGGUCAGGUGGCCUAUUGUUUUUUUUGUUUUUUUUUAAGAAGAAAAAUAUGAUGAACUGAAAAU